CUGCACUUGGGUGUUUUGCACUUCACCGUCCCGUCGAGUGAUCCAAAGCAUCCCGCAAGAUGACCAUCAACACCAUGGCUAAAGGAGGAUGGCAGCGGGAACAGAUGAUCUGCUUCCGCAAGAUGGAAAAGAUGAUUGUGGCUAUGCAAGAUCCUGACAUGGGUAUGAAGCUGAGGAACCAGAGACUUCUCAUCACGGUCAUUCCACAUGCCAUGACAGGUCAUGAUGUAAUUAUGUGGUUGAUCCACAAAUACAGCGUCUGUGAGGAGGAGGCUUUGCAUCUUGGUGGCAUGUUGGUGAAAUAUGGAUAUAUUUAUCCUCUCAAGGAGCCACGCUCCCUUGUUUUACAGCCUGAUGAGUCACCCUACCGCUUCCAGACUCCAUACUUCUGGACGAGUUCGCGAUGGCCUGCCUCGGAGCUAGACUAUGCAAUAUAUUUGGCUAAAAAGAACAUACGAAAGCAAGGAGAGCUGAUGGAAUACGAAAAGGAGAGGUACAGUUUGUUGCACAAGAAGAUCAACCACACCUGGGACUUUGUGGUGAUGCAGGCUAGAGAACAGCUCAGGGCAUCCAAGCAGAGGCGAAAGGCCGACCGGAUUGUUCUAGAAUGUCAGGAGCAGGCCUACUGGCUCAUCAACAGACCCCCACCUGGGGUGCAAAAUAUGUUAGACGUCGGUCUAGAGCGACAGAAUAACUUCAAUUUACGAGGAACACUGAACAGUGAUUUCUACAAAAAUGAGAUUGACGUUUGCAGACGGGCCCUUGGAAGAAACCGUGUGAAAUCGUCCAUCUGCCUAGAAGGGUUCCUGAAGUACAGCGAGCAGUACCAGAACCACGAUCCCAUCAUGCAAGGCUGCUUACCCAGCAAUCCCUGGAUCUCUGACGACACCGCGCACUGGACGAUGAACACAGAAAUGGUGCCGGUUCCGACACGUCUGCGUGUGGAGCGCUGGAGCUUCAGCUUCAUGGAACUCCUCAAUGACGCCAUGGGGAGGCGGGAAUUCAUGCUGUACCUGGAGAAAGAGUUCAGCGCGGAGAACCUGUGCUUCUGGCAGGCCUGUGAAGAGAUCAGACACGGAGAAAGUUCCAAGAUCGUAGAGAAAGUGGAGGAAGUUUACAAAAACUUCCUGGCACCUGGAGCUGCCCGAUGGGUCAACAUCGACAGCAAGACAAUGGACAAAACUUUGGAGGGCAUCAAACAACCACACCGCUUUGUCUUGGAUGACGCGCAAAUGCACAUCUACUUCCUCAUGAAGAAGGAUUCCUACCCGAGGUACCUUAAAUCGGACCUGUACAAAAACAUGCUGGCUAAAGCGAUUGUUCCCCAGGAAACCAAGAAAAGCGUGUUUCCCUUUAUGAGACGCCAGCGCCAUUCUAGCCCAUCCCCUGCUCAGGCUGUCGCCCAGGCAACAGAGGAAGAUGGGCGUAAUAAAGGGGCUGGGUGAACAGGUAUCUACAGCUCCUGGCUUUGCUAUCAGGUGGUCCUCCAUUAAAAAAGAACAACAAUCCAUUUAGUGUCUAUAAAUGCAGUCGAUCCCUCCUUUUAUUUUCUGUCAUAGCCUCCAUUCUCUAAAAAGCAUCUAAAAGCGUACCAGGAGCUGGUAUGACCCCUGCAGCAGCUUUUUUUUUUUUUUUUUGCUGUCCACCUCAUCAAAUGUCAUACAUGUACUCGUGCUCAUUUGCCUGGUUCAUUUAGUGCUGAAGCUGCACAUUUGGUAUUGUUGAUUGGCUUGAGCAUGAUCUUAUCCUAAUAAACUGUCAUAGCGUCAGAGAGUUUUGUGUUCACGCUCAUUUCGGCAUGCCGCAUUCAUAUGUGUGCGAGUCUGC